AUGUUGCCAGAUAUCUCCGCGGACUCAGAGCUGGGUGGACUGCUGCAUCAGCACUUGAGUGAGUUGGACAAGAGCCUUGCAACUCUGACCAGAUCCUGUGGCGGGGAUGUGAGCGUUGAACCGCAUGUGUCUGCCACGUUCAAUACCGUGUCGCCGUCGUGGAGCUCCGGUGUUCUGGAGUGUCUUCCACCACCACCCUCACCACCACCUCGCCAGCCAAAGAUGUCAGCAAUCAAUGCGAAUGCUGAUGACGCUGGCUUUUUAAAUAUGCCUGUGAGAAGUGGAAUGGAGAUCGUGGCGGACGACGUGGAGCCUUCGCAGAGUGCGCGAGAUGCGCCGCCACCGGCUCACGCUCCUGGUGUUCUUGAAGCUUUGCUCCAGGGCAUCGAGGCCAAAAAGCUCAGCACUGACGAGGCACUAAACAGCCUCGAGAGAGCAUGUCGGACGGAAGUGGUUCCGUUGGAACCAGGCCAGGAAGAAGCCCCAGCACCGCCCCCGCUUAGAAGCUCUUUGCAUUGUCGCCAGUGCGGCGUUCUGGGUUUGCAAGUCCGUGCUUUGUGCCAGUCUCUGUCUGGCCUCGCAGCACGCACAAUCCAAUGGGGGUCGCAUCUCUCACACAGACGUCAACUGGAUUUGGUAGAUUUGGUUCUCAUGUACCUCCGACCUCUGGAGCACCUUGACAAACAAUUGGAAGCUCUUUGUGAAGAGCUCACUGAGCGCAACUUGCAGCUGGCCGGAGAGUCCGGUCGCGCACAAGCCUCGGUCGCCUCCACGACCCUACCGGAGGCUGCCAUUGAACGUCUUGAAGACUGGCGAGCAGAAGCAGGUGACAGUCCGCUGGCAACGGUACUCAGAUCUCCGCAGUUCUUGGCAAUGAACUUGUCGGUGGAUGCACUCAGACCGCAAACAGACCACAAAGCCGCGACUACGAUCCCGGAAGUUGUCUACGAGCAGCAUCUGCAGGUUUCUGACAAGGUUUACCCGUCGCAGCGGACGGCGGCCAAAGCGGGCAGCCUGUCUUUCUCGAGCCGCCGAGCCUUCUCUGUCACAGUCCAAUGCCUGCAUCAGAGGAUAGGCGCGUGGAGAGACUGCUCGGACUCUGUUUCUGUCGACGGCCUGCCAGCGGCACUACAGCACCGAAGCAUCGACGAACAGUCGAAAAUUACUCCAGUCGAGAGGAAGCUGAGUGACAGCUCUGAGAUUCGUCGGACAUCCGACUUGCAUCACCUGCAGCAUUGGCAGCAUGGCAUUUGGAGCCACAUGCUCCUCUACACUUCCUUCCUGAAUCGCGACUUGCGCUCCGCUGUCAAGUAUGGCCUUCGGUUCAGGCUAACUCGAGGAUUGCGGCCGGUAGCGCUUGGGGCAGGCGCAGGCGCAUUCGCCUUCAAGAAGGAUCCUCGAUCAGAUUGUCAAAGCCUUCAAGUUGAGGGCCCAAUUGCUCGUCGUGGAGAUGGUAAGAUCUCAGCGAUCCGGCCGCUUCGGACACGGCUGUCGAGGUUCUGGCAUUGUCUGAAGGUCAUGCUGCGCUGUCUGGAAGUCUGCCUUCGUGCUGUUCCGUUGGCUGCAUUGGCGCCGUGGUGUUGGCUGUGCUGGCAGUGGGGUGGAGAGAGGCUCAUGUGGAGACUGAUCUUGGGGGCUCUUCAGGCUGAAGGGCCCAUUGCCAUCAAGUUUGCUCAAUGGGCAUCAACCCGGCCGGAUAUUUUGCCUGCACGUGUCUGCGACAACCUCUCUCCGUUGCAGGCGAAUGUCAAGCCCCACAGCUUCAAUCAGACGAAGAGGAUUCUUACAAAGACUUUCGGACCAACAUGGGAGGGCUCAUUGCAGCUGGACUCAGAGCCCCUGGGCUCAGGCUGCAUGGCGCAGGUAUACAAGGGACGCUUGUCUGGUCCCCUGUGCAGAGAUCAGAAGGCCAUGCCUCGGUCCCGUGAUGUGGCAGUCAAGGUGCUGCAUCCAGGUGCUCAGGACAAAGUGGAUCUUGAUCUGGAGAUCAACAUCUUCGCUUCACAGCAUGCUUUGGCUUCCCGAUGCCGCAGCCUGACCUCGACACAGGCCAUGGGAAACUGCCAUUGUCAGGAGAAAGAUCUUGUUGUGCAGCGCGAGGCCUUCGAGCCCGAGCCGGAGACCGUCGCAGACGAUCCAGAUUAUCCACAGGCUUUGUCGCCACUGUCCAAGACCAAUGCAACGGUGGCUGAUGAUUUUUUGCAGAACAAAGAUGAGGGUGGAGAAGCAAACGAAGAUGAGGCAAGCGACGCUGGCAUGUCCGGCACCAGCGAAAUGAGUGAUGUCGCGGAAGAUGCGGAUAUGGGGGACGAUGCGUACAGCGCUGUGUCAAGUGCCAGCUCAGCUGUUAGUCCAAAGUCGGAAGGGACUAUCAGUCGCAAGUCGAAUCGGAAAGGGUUGAAGAAGCUGAAGAUGACAGACACGAUGGGUUUUGUUCCCUCUGCUGCCUUGCUCGUGGUGCCCGAUAACCGAGGCCAGUUGGCCGACAAUUACGACGUGGAGCCUGUUGCACUGGGCAAGGGCGGCUUCGCAGAAGUCCGCCGCGCUACGGUGCGAGUCACCGGUGCCAAACGGGCAGUGAAGAUUAUUUCAAAGUCAGACAAAAACAACCCUGGCCUAUUGAAAGCUGAGAUUGAAGUCAUGAAAAUGCUAGACCACCCCAAUGUUGUCACUCUUUUCGAGAUUUUCGAGGACUCUGACACGCUUUCUCUGGUUCUGGAGCUUUGCAGUGGUGGUGAGCUGGAAGGCUACGUGGAGAAGCAUGGAAAUCUGAAGGAAAGCGAGGCAGCCCUCGCCACCAAGCAUGUCAUGUCUGCCGUGCGAUAUCUGCAUGGCAAGGGCAUUAUUCACCGGGACAUCAAAGCUCCCAAUUGCUUGCUGCUGCUCCCAACCGGUCUAGAUGCGCGACAAGCAGUGAAACUCAGUGAUUAUGGUUUGUCGUGCCACUUCACCAAGGGCGUGGCCCUGUCUCAGAGGUGUGGUACGCCAAGCCACAUGGCACCAGAGGUUUUCACGAGGAACUACUCGGAGAAAGUCGACAUUUGGAGCGUCGGAAUCAUGCUUUACUGGAUGAUGUCGCGACGAUUACCGUUUGGACAGGCUGGGCCGAGCGAAGACAACGCGAAGGCUCGUCUCCAGUUCUCGUCCAGCGCAUGGGUGAAUGCCGGUCAGGACGUGGUGAACAUCGUAACUGCAAUGCUGCAGAAAGAUGCUUCCCAGCGGUUGGACUGCAAGAAGGCUCUGGAGCAUCCCUUCAUAACGAAGAUUGCGCCAAAACUGCCAGUUGGUGUGAUCGAGGAUAAGCACAUUGAAGGGCUAAAGAAUUAUAGAUCUCUGAACAAGUUCAAAAGAGCUUGUUUGAAUAUGACAGCGUGCAUGCUGGGCGAGGCAGAGGUCGGACCCAGCAGGCAGCUUUUCUUGGCGAUGGACGACGACUGCAACGGCUUCGUGUCCAUGUCGGAGCUGGUGGCGCUCUCGAAGGCAACAGCAAGUGGAUCGAAGGGUCAGAAGUCCAUCAAGAAGAAAGAUGCGAUCAAGAUUUUCAAAGCUGAUGGCCACGAGGAAGCCAUUCAGGACUUCACAUUCACAGAGUUCGUCGCGGCUACCUUCAAUCGCAAGAAAUGUCUCACCGAAAAAGUCGGCAAGGUCAUCUUCAACAGCUUCGACAAAAACGGAGAUGGCUGCAUACAGCUGAGUGAGCUAGCGGAAGGAAGGCUGCUUGGCCAUCUUCAAGCCACUGAACUGGUUCAGACGUUGAAGGAUCUUGAUCUCAAUGGAGACGCAGAGAUCGAUUUCAAGGAGUUCAUGACGAUGUGCUCCUCGAGCAAAGCUGAGGGCUUCUGGAAGAGUUCUCAGUUCCUCACAUUUUUCAUCAGCCACCGUGUGAUGUGGCUCCUUGUCGGACUCAUCGAGGCAGCAUGGCCAAAGUCGCGCUACCUUGCUCUGUCAGAGGCAGUCACGCACUUCGAGGCCUUUGUUCGACCCCAGGCAGAUCUGCGAAUCGAGGCCGACAACUUGGACGUUUUCAAUGAGAACUUCCCCUACCGUCGCACGGGCAGAGGACACCGAGUCAGAUUCCCUGAGGCCGGAGAAAGGACAUUGGAAGUUGCCAACGUUUUCCAACUGUGUUCGUUUGUACCGAGGUCUCAUUGCAGAGUGUUGCCUUACCGUAGAGGGCUUGCCUGUGCUUGCUUUAUUCGACGGCGGGGCAUGGGAGCAACAUGCUGA